AUGUCCUCCAGCCGAACAACUAUAACGAAACGGGCCUGUGACGGAUGCAAGAUCCGCAAGAUCAGGUGCGGUGGUGGCAAUCCAUGUCGGGCUUGUAACAAUGCGCGCAUCAAGUGCACUUAUAUUCGGAUCCAGCAUCCUCGAGGGCCGCAGCGACUGCGUUCGACGACGAAAUAUUUGAUUGAACAAACACAGCGAGGAACCGAGGCGCAAUCCACAGAACCAUUCAGCGAGGAGGCGGUUGAUCCAGGUGACACGCAACCAGACCUGGAACACACCCCGGUUACCAGCGCACUGAGGUCUCGGAUCCCGACGAAUAUCAUUGCCUCGCCGCUUUACAUUUACCACGUUCGCAUGUACCCCGUCUGGCCAAUUGUCGAUGUGGAAGAUGUGAUAUCCAUUCUACAAAACCCCCGGGAUCCGUCUCCGGAGGCCUAUGCUUUAGCUACAUCUGUUGCGGCUGCGACGAUCGCCCAGCUAAGACUCGAGCAAGGUCCUCAGUCCAAUAAAUCGGUCACCGCCGAUACUUUUGUGAUGGAGUGUCUAAAAGUUCGAGAUUCAAGCAACUAUCGGUCAAAUGCGAAUUUGGAUAAUGUGCGGACUGCGUUCUUCCUCCACGUCUACUACGAGAACCAACACCCGGGUGGCAGUGGAUCUUUGCUCUACUUGAGGGAGGCCAUUUCGCUUGCUCAAAUGAUGUCCCUCCAUCGCGAAGCCUCCUACUCUGAAUUACCCCCCGAGGAGCAGCAAAUUCGGCGACGUGUACUGUGGUUACUUUUCGUGACUGAAAGGGGCGUUUGCAUUCUGCACAAGCUUCCUGUCGUGCUUAAAACCAAUAUCUCGACGCCCGAAUUAGAUUCCAAUGAUGAGCCCCAGGUCUUGCCCGCAUUCUUGAAACUCCUCAACCUAUUUCGGCUUUUUGAGCAGUCAAAGAUGUUUGAUAUUAUCGAGGAUGAAAAUCCCGAUCUGCAGUCUAUUUCUGAAGGCGACAAAAGCUUGGAUACCAGGUUUUUCGAGUUCCUCGAGGGCAAAUUGCAGGAUGGGUCUGUUCUUUUAGACCAGAUUUCGGAUGUACAGAAGGCCGACCUAUGCGUCACUAGACACUGGAUGAGAAUGAUUCUGUGGAAGGUGUCCUCGAAGAAACCUCCUCUCUCGCCAUCCUUCAACGAGUCUUCAAGUUCAUCGUUUCCAGUACUGGUGGCCAAGGAGCUCCUGAACAUCGUCUCUCAACUGCCCAGGACAGCGAUAGAGGCCCACGGUCUUGGCAUGGAGUUAAAACUGUACGAGAUCGCAAACUCUCUUGCAGACGCCGUAAUGAACAUGGCAAUGCUCCCAAGGGCACCUAGCUGGGACGGCGAAAGUCGCCCAAGCAGCAUCCUAGCUCGAUUGCACUCCAUCUUGUCGACCUUCCGAGGAGGUGGAAAUAAAGAACUAGCUGAAAUACUGUACAAGAAAAUGGCCGAAGCCCAAGUUAGAAGCGGGCCUACUCUGUCGCCGUCAAUUAAAGCACCGCCCAUCUCGGCCCUAAGUAGACCCCCAUGCGGGCCUAAUAAAGAUGGUCUCAGCGAAGAGGGGCCAGCAGGUAAAGAAGCUUCUGGGCCACGCUCCACUACUUCUGGACUCCAUAGCAGCAGCGUCUCGCUGACCAACUGGGGCAAUGACCUACCGACUAUUGGCUAUACAGACCAGUUCCAAAACAGCGCUAAUAUAGCGGAAAACGCACAAGCAGACGGGUACAGCGGUCAUCCAUUCUCAACAUCGUACAAGGACAUGAUCUCCCCAGGCUUUACCGGAACGGGCCUCACUCCACCUUCUUUCUUCCCUGCAUAUUCUUACGACACUGGCUACGCUGUUCUAUCUACCACACAGGCUCCACCGGUCUCGGAUGAUACCUGGAACAUAUUCUCGGGGAUUUCUUCCUUAUCACCUCCGCUAGCCUCUGGGCCCAUGGAGAUGCUGAUUGGCGAUUUCAUAUCGCAGAUCCCAGACCAUCAUCAACCCGAAAGUUUCAUACCCACGAGUGACGAUGUGAUGGACCAGAAUAUAGCGAACCAGAGCUUUCUUAUAUGA